AUGGCAUUUUUUAAACUGAAAAAGACGGAGGCUGAAAAGGCUCAAGAGCGUGAGCUUAAGGAACUUAAGCGUGAAGCCAAGACACAACGCAAACAGGCAGCCAAGGAGCACAAAGCACAGAAGCGAGAAGUUAAACUGCAGCGCAAGGUUGCCAAGCGUCAGGAGAAAGAGGCUCAGAAUGAAGCCAAACAGGCGGAAAAGGCAAUUCAAAAGAGCAAUCGGCAAGCUGCAAAGGAAGCAAAAAAAGCAUCCAAGGUGGCACGCAAAGCUGAGAAGGAGCGUAAACGACUCGAGCGUCGUCAGAUGCGAAUUGAACAGCGGAAUUCGACUGCCGUAGCUGCUGGUGGCGUAGCGAUACCACCAUUUGCUAAGAGUGAUGGUUGCUACAUUUGUGGUAAAGAAUUUGGAAUUGUAGUGCAUCAACGUCGCCAUCAUUGUCGCCAAUGUCGAAAAAGCUGCUGUUUGCGUUGUACAAGUCGCACACGUCGUGCUGUACCACAAUACGGACUUGUGAAACCGCAAAAAAUCUGCGUGGUCUGUGAGACACUAGGGUCUGAUGAAGAGAAUGUGAAUGCGGUAACAAGGUCGCAGCCACGUGAACCCGCUGAAGCCGUUGAAGCACUUGCAUCCAGUGGCCGUGCAUCGCGGCGUCCACCAGUCUCACCUACGACUGGUGUAACGAUAACCAUGCCACAGUCGUCACGUGGCCGUGUACGUAGUAGAAGUGGCUCAUUUUGGAAGCUGCCCAUUCGGCCACUAAUGAAAAGGAAAAGAAGUGCCGAACAAUCACGCAAUCGAAAGCUUGAUCUCGAUUUGCAAUUGGAAAAGCAUGCAAUUUUAGGAGCACGCACAAUCGAGUUGCAACCGCAGGUGAUUGCUUCGACUACGCCGUAA